GAAGGUUGUAAACAGAUAAACUGUAAAAAAAUAAAUAAAUAAAUAAAUAAAAAAAAAAAAAAAAAGAUACAUGACGAAGUCAGAUAUGUGGGAGUUUCCGACCACACGAAUGUCGAAAGAGCGGCGCGGUUUGGUAGCUUAGCAAGCAGCGCGAGAACAUCAGCCAGUAGUGUGCCGGCAGCAGGAGGAAGGGUAACGCUGCUGCGAACUCUACUGCAUUACUUUUCUUCGUGUUGCGACGUGUAAAAUGAGCCUUCAAUGCAUGAUGGCGUGCAUGUGAGGUGGAGUGUAUUCAGUGAUACAAGUCUCCCCAAGGAAAGUUAUGCUUCUCAGCUGAUCUUAUUACAAAUUCAUUGUUUUAAAAGUAUAUUGUUUGGAAGGACAUUACCGAAACUUGUCAGUAGUUAUUAUACUUUACGCUUAAAAAACUGUGAUAACGCGUGCAACCUUAUUGGGACUGUCUGCAACACCUUGUGAAUUGGAAAACACAUAGUUAACAGUGGUGCUGUUACAGCAGUGAUGGGUGACGCAAGGUUCACUUGUGAACAACUUCGAGAAGAGCGUUGCAGAAUCAAUACUUACGGAGAAAAUAGUAACAUACGUUUGAAAGAUGACCUAGCAAAAGAUGGAUUUUAUUUUACACAAAUAGGACACAAGGUGAAGUGUGCCGGCUGUGGGCUGGAAGUGGACUCCUCCAGGAUUAGUUCACCGCAGGAGGUGUAUGUCCUUCACAAGGAAAAGUCUCCCCAAUGUCAGUAUUUGGUUUCUCCACCACUGCCUCAGAGCCGCACCAAGAAGUUUACAUCAUAUGACAGCCUGAGAUUUGAAAAGGAACGACUUGAAACCUUCAUUGACUGGCCUGUUACAUGGCUGAGCCCUGCUGACUUGGCCAAGGAUGGCUUUUAUUACCUGAGAACAGCUGACCACUGUGCAUGUGUGUUCUGCAGAGGAAUUGUUGGGGCAUGGGAGAAGGGAGACACUCCACGGGAGGAACACCAACGUCACUUCCCACUCUGCCCUUUCAUCAAGGGCCAACCAGUGGGCAACAUUCCCCUAGACCAAGGCAGCAUCAUAUCCCGCAUCAUCCCGAGUCCUGAGGCAUCCCCAGCUCUCCCUCUCAGCAUGGAUGUAUGUAGCAUGGAUGUGUGUGGCUCAGGGAGACCAAUGCCAGGAUCUUAUCCAGAAAGCAGUCCCCCCAAGAAGACAGGCUUGGAAGGUAUAGGUUUACCACAGCACUCUGGCCCAAAGCGGAAAGAUUUCCUCUCUCAGCACGAUCGGGAAAAGAGCUUUUCUCAGUGGCCUGAGAUGGUGAAGCAGAAACCAAAAGAGCUGGCUGAGGCUGGUUUCUUCUAUUGUGGUUUGAGUGACCACGUGCGAUGCUUCCACUGUGGCAACGGUCUUCGUAACUGGGAGAAAGAUGACGACCCAUGGGAGGAACAUGCAAGGUGGUACCCGGAAUGUAACUACGUUCUAGUCAAAAAGGGACAGGACUUUAUUGACAAGGUGAGGCGAGAAAAACCACCAUACCUGCGGUCUCAACCAGUCAACAAAGCCAGUUCAUCUGCUGGGGUUCGGACAAACAUCACUGAGCAAGAACUUGACCCUCUCAUGGAACUGGACAUCAUCCAGGCCACAUUAGCUAUGGGCUUUCCAUCAGACAAGGUUCGAUCAGCCCUGCGCAGAAAAUUAGGACAGACAGGCCUGCCAUUCCUCAGACUGGAGUCUUGCAUUGAAGCUGUCCUUCUGUACAUGGAGGAGGAGACCCGCCUAGCCCUUCAGAAAUCAUCCAGGAAUGUGGAGGCAGAAGCAGCAGCUCAGCAGGGAGCCAAGAUGGAGGCAUUGCAAUCAACUAGUGACACACAUGCUACUACCACCACUGCUGCCACUGCUUCUACUUCCUCCUCCUCAUCUUCUUCUUCUUUAUCUUCAUCAGCUGGUCCUUCCUCCCACUCUGAUCCAGGGGCAGUGAGUUCAGAGGAGCCCAUGGAGACAGAAUCAUUACCCACGUCUCCAACUGAUGAUGUCAUAAGCCAAGCAGAUCAGGUCAUUGGCUUGGCAGAACAGGCUCUCAAUGCUGCCCCCACUUCUUCCUCUUCACCAACCCCAAACCCUUCAACAGGUACCUCUCUAGUCACCUCUACCAACUCUACUCCCACCACUCCUCCUCCUGGAACCCCCCAAGCUCCUGUCACUCCCUCCACUGCUACUCUUGGCUCAUCCUCCUCACAUUCUCCCAAUAUUGUGAAGAAGGCAAUGAACAAUCAGCUCUCUGACAACGACAAGCCUACCACUUCAGGAAAACCCCAGACUUCCCAGGAACUUGCUGCAGAGCUUGAGAAGAUCAGAGACUCCCACAUGUGUAAAGUAUGCAUGGAUGCUGAGAUUGACAUGGUGUUCCUCCCCUGCGCACACAUGGUGACCUGCUCAUCAUGUGCUCUCGCCCUCUCCCAGUGCCCCAUCUGCCGCAAUGAUAUAAAAUAUGCCAUCAAACCCAUCCUUUCUUGAACAUCUCAUUUCAUUACUUUUCAAAAAUUUUGUUUUUAAAAUUUGUGUUCUUUGGUAGAAAGUCAGUUAACACUUGUAUUGUCUUUCGGUACCAAGCUCUUGGGUCCAGCCAUCUCAGAGAAUGUUGACUGUUAAGUUUGGUAAUUUUGUGAUUGUAUUUUGUGGAGGGUAAAUUAUGGCAAAUUACCCUGGCUAAUGAUUGCCUUUUAUUGCUUCAUGACAUUCAAAAGGCAGUGUGAUGAGUGAUAUGGAAAGGUGGAUUGAGCCUGUAACAGUAAGCUUGGGAAGGAAAUGCUUAGUUAACUAGACAGGACGACAAUGGUUUAUAUCUCUGACGAGAUGGCUGUCUGCUUUGAUAUGUGAUUAUUCUCUAAUAACCCAAAAAAGUAUACUGUGUGCACCCACUGAAAAUAGUAUGUAUUCAGCUUAAUGUGUCAAGUAAUUGCAAAAAUGUAUACCAUAUUUUUCUUAAGAUUGCUACUCAUUUACAAAUUUUGAAGAGCUUACUGAAGUUUAGAUAUUUACUAAUUCAAUUGUUAUUUGUGUGCUCAAAAAAUGUGAAGCUUUUUUUUCUGGUUGGUAAAGAAGCUUGGAAAACAGCUAAACUUCAUGUCGUAAAUAUAUUUAAUUGCCAAUUCUCAGGAAACAUUAAUAUAUUUGAACAUUCUUGUCAAGUUAUUUUAAGUCAUGUAUACGUAUUUAUACAUACACAUGCAUUAUAGAGCAUUACAUGUAUGAUUCACUAUUCAAGCAUGAUCUAGAUAACAGUACUUUAACAUACAUAUGUAAAUAAUGUACCUCUAUGUCAGUAAGAAAUGGUACUGUACAUAUUGAUAUAGGAUGAAGCAUAGAGAUAGCUAGCUAACUGCAAACAUGGCCGGUGUUUUCAAGUUUAGCUUGGUGAUAUUUUAUGGUUUGUUUAUAUGAAGGAUUAUUUUAUCCCAUCACUUUUCAUGCCUCUUGGAUAACUUUGGCUGUGCUUGGUUUAAGGUCAGUUGGUACUACCUAUAACAAUUAUACAAAGCAAUGCACCUGCAUGUUUUCAUGGAAAUGCCAAUAAAUACAUUACCAGCAA